AUGUCCGUCGUGCCGAUGCCCAUCCGGUCCGUCAUGGUCGUCCGGUCCUUCCACUCUUCGAUGCGCUCCCCGGGCACCAGCACCGCUUUGCACCCCCGACAACGCACCGUGGAGCCGGCCGAGAUAUUGACAGCCUCCCAGGGCACCGAGGAGCCGGCGACGCCGCCAGGCGCAGUGGUUCCCCGCAGUGCUGCUGGGGCGGAAUGA